AUGUGUUUACAUAAAGAACCACUGGACCAAGAAGAUCAAGAUGCCAUUAUUUUAGAUGCCAGAGCUGGAGAUUUAGAUUCUUUAAAAGAAAUAUUCACUACGUUGAUUGAUCCAUGUAUGCUGCAAACGUGUAGAGACUCCAUUUCCAAAUCUACUGCAUUACACAUGGCAUGUGGUAAUGGACACUUAGAGACUACUAAAUAUAUACUAUCUCUAAUACCAAAGGACCAACUGAAAGAAUAUGUCAAUUUACAAAAUGAAACAGGUAAUACCGCAUUGCAUUGGGCUGCAUUAAAUGGACAUCAGCCAAUUGUUGAACUUUUAUGUGAUGAAUUUGAAGCCGAUCCGUUUAUCAAAAACUGUUUUGGCCAUGAUGCUAUUUUUGAAGCAGAAAAUAAUAAUAAAGAAGAAGUUGAAACUUAUUUCUUAAAGAAGUACGAUGUGGAGCCAGCAAGCGAGGAAGAGGAUGAUAAUAAUGCAGGAGAUGUACAAGUAUCAAAAGGUACAGAAAUCGAAGAUGUCACUAAAGAAGCUACUGAAGUAUUAAGUGAAGCCACUAAAAACUUAAAUAUUGAAUAA